UUCGAUAGCAAAUCUGAAAACAGAACUUUGACAGCUCAUCUUCUUUUUGCAAGAAAAAAGGUUUGCCUUUAUUUUUCCAGAACAUCAUCAUCAGCAGCCAAAUUCUACGUGCUGCAGUAAAAGUACCGUAAUAAUCACCCGAAAAGAGAGCGGCAGAUAGUGGGUGGCAAACACGACGAGCGGAACAUGAUAAGCCCCCCUGAUGAUAGCGCAGUAAUGGAACAACUUCCGGUACGGCAACUGUCACUCGGAGCGGACAGCGCCGCAGACAAUGGCAGUGGCUCGGACAGCGAAGACAGCAAAAUCCUCAAGUGGAAUCUGCCCCUGAUGGAACUAUACCGCAUGGCCUGCAGCUUCUAUAAAGAAAAAUCGGGCAAAGCGGUUCACUUAAGCUAUGAGGAUAACUUGAAGUUGGUUGCGUUUACGCAACAGGCGGCCCACGGGCCGGUGGAUCCUGCUAAAGUGCCUCCUUUGGGAAUGUUCGAUGUUAUAGGAAAAGAUCGCCGAAUUGCCUGGCAACAUUUGGGGACAAUUACGAAGCUUCAAGCAAUGGAAGGCUUCAUCGAUUUGCUGGAUCGGCUAUGUCCGCUCUUCCGACCGACUGUGGAGGCUAUCAAAAAGGAUCGCGAGGAGAAAGUGCGUCAAGCACAGGCAGAGGAGGUGCACCGGCGGGAACAACUCGAGCAGGAAAAGGAGAAGUUAGUCGAGUUGAAGCGAAUCGAGGAUGAACGGAACCGCGAGGAGUUGCAGCGACGCCAGCUACAAGAUGCUUUGAACCAACAAACGUACCAUCAAUUUAAGGACUAUGCGGAGAAACAGUAUCCCGUGAAUCCGGAGCAACAAGCGUUACUGAUUAGACAGUUGCAGAAUGAACAUUACCAUCAGUAUAUGCAGCAGCUGCAGGCUCAGAUGGCGAGUAAUUAUUCCCAACUGAAGCCAACCAACGGGGAAGUUGAGACGGAAUUGGAUGGUAAUGGAAUUGGUCAGUUAGAUCAGGCUGUCAGUGCAAAAGAGGGCAGUCAGCCGGAAUACAAAGAGCAAUGUGACAGCGAUGAAGAGUCAGGAGAAUAUGCUGUCAUAAAUCCGGCUAACAUGUGGACUAAGCCGGAUAUAAAACUUUUCAAACAGGAAGUUACUUCUGGCAAAGGCGACGGAGUAAUUCGGGUUAAUCACGGGGACACUGUAACGGUUCGAGUACCAACUCACGAGGGUGGUUCCUGUUUGUUUUGGGAAUUCGCCACAGAUAAUUUUGACAUCGGUUUUGGUGUUUAUUUUGAAUGGGGCAAGCCAGCAACUACCGAAGUUUCGGUAUACAUCAGCGAAAGUGACGAGGAUGACGAUACGCUCGAGGAUGACGAAGUCGUCUGCACGGAUGAUCUGGAGUGUGGUGGCCAGGCACAGCACAAACAGUACAGCAACGGUGCCAGUAGCAGCACCCUAGCCAAUAGGAACCCAAUUUCCAUUAUCGUGCCCAUCUAUCGGCGCGAAUGCCAAACAGAAGUGUACGCCGGAUCGCACAGCUACCCUGGGGAGGGAACCUAUCUGCUCAAGUUCGAUAAUAGUUACAGCUUGUGGCGCUCCAAAACGUUGUACUAUAAGGUUUUCUAUACCCGAUAAUUGAAUCGUUUUAUAUUAU